CUUUGACACCUGUCAUCAGCAGGACGUGGAGCGUGCCAUUGAGGGCUGGAUAGAGUUUUACGACAUCAACGGACCCCACCCCUGUCCCAGCGAAACGUCCGACGGGAAGAUGAGCCCCAGGCUGUCGGUGUCGGAGAAAGAUGUGGGAAAACACGGCUGGACGGCCGAAUACUUGAAGAUGGUGGGCGAACUUUGGCGGGAAAGUUUCGAGAAUGUCGGUGAAGACAACCAAGCUCAGAAGACCAGCUGCGGAUCUAGGGUUGGAUAUUUUGUAUCCGUGGAUAUCGACGUCCAUGCUGGUUUUAAUGACGCGUCCGUAGGAUCGGUUAACGCUAAGCAGAGUGUGGUGCGGCUUCAGGAAACUGUGCACGAUAACAUGACGGAAGGUGCUGAUGGUGAAGAAUUAAAAUUUGCAGACGAUCUGUCGAUGCAAAGGGAUUGGGAAAUUCCUAAGAUCAACCAUGAAGAGACCACUGCUGAGAGAAUUAAUGGAAACGGAGCAGUGGUUUUAUCAAAAGAGCCAAUCAGCGAGGCCGGUUUAAAAUCUCAAAAUGAAAAUAUACCAAUCGCAGAAUCCGAAGAGAAAUGUCAUUUUGAAAAUGUACCAAUCGUAGAGGACGAUUUAAAAUUUAACAAUGAAAAUGAGCCAAUCAAAGAGUCCCGUGUAAAAUGGGUCAAUAAAGUAGAAAGCAACAGUCUAACGAUGGGUUGCUCCAAGACAGACGUUGAAUUUUGUGUGCUACAAGAAAAUGUUUCAGCGCCCGAGGAGACUCGACUCAUCGCCGAGUUGAGCAUUUCAGACGACACGCGACAAGUGUUCUCUCCCCAUGAAGUCACUCAGUCCCUACGUCCAAGUUUAACAUACGGUUCUUGCCUUCCCCAUGCUCCAUCAGCAGACGGCGUACAGGAGAGAAAUGCGGAGAAUGGUGAUGUUGUGUCAGGAAAACCAUUGAAAGCGUCUUGUGCCGGCCUUGAAGAUGAC